AAUGUGGGUGAUUUUCAAUCUAAAUAAAAAAACACUUAUCUUUUUCCCCCCAAUCCUUUAUUCCCCAACUACAACAAUUACGCAGGAGUGUGUAAAAUAGACAGAAACACACAACACACAAUAUCUAAUGAUAUCCAAUAUCACACAAUAUCUAAUGCUAUUGCCAUUGAUUUGAAUGCAUUCAUUGUGAUUUUAAAAAGUAAUUAUAUAGCUAGGCCUACCUGUGUACGUCAUGCCAAAUUACCAAUAAAGAAAGCGAGAAAUAGAAAGGGAGCGAGUGAGAGAAAAAACGAAAACUGCGUUCGUUUCCUAACCUGCAAUGGCAAAACAAUUACAGCAGGUGGCAUAUUUAAUUCACGGUUGACGUAAUAGAACCACCACUCAAUGACACACACACACACACACACCUUAGCACUGAUCGCUGCACAUUAAAACGUCAGUCCCCCUGUAUCACCUGUCCUAUAAUAACUUUAUCCUAUAAAUUAUAUUAUAAAUUAUAUUAUAAGGUUAUUGUUCUUCCUCACCUAGGUCUAUAAACAUAAUUUUAUCCAUAUGUCAAAGUAUCUGAUCUCAACGUGCAUAAGAAUUUAAAUGAUACGUGUUUUAAUAGUGUAAUGAAACAGCAGGGAGCAGAUCUCGAACCCUCGACCUUCGUGCCCGAGGCCCGGCGCGCUAUCGACUGUGCCGCAGGUUCGAUUUCCGCGCUAGCUUGCGACUUACAGGAACGCGCUCCAUGACAGCGCACGCAUUGUCAUGGAUGCGAGGUCCGAUCACUUCUGACGCCAAUGUAAUGAAACAGCAGGGAGCAGGUCUCGAACCCUCGACCUUCGAGCCCGAGGUCCGGCGCGCUAUCGACUGUGCCGCAAAAGCAUGCUCUUGUGGCAGAGUCGAUUUCCGCGCUUAUAAACCCAGGGUCGUUACACUAGCCUGAAAUCGAAACGUAUGGCAAUAGCUCUUUAAAAAUGUAAGCUGUGAUCUGUCUGGUUCUUGACUGACAAUCGGGGGCUAUUAUGCUUAUUUUUUCAGCUGGCAACCAAUAGGAAGCCAAGAACACGUGGAUGCGACAGAUUUGGGACUGUGACAAGUAAAGUAGCCCGCAGAUGUCAGUGUAGACGGGGGAUGAGAGAGGGGAGGCAGCGUGGUUGACGAACAUACUUUUACGCAGUCAAGCUCAGUCCAGACAAGAGGCUCACCUGUGCGGCGUAAAAGAUGAGCCAUCCAAAUGAGAAAGAUGCCUCUGACACAACCGAGAGUAAACCUAAAUCCCCCCAUAUGCUCUCGUACUGCAUCGAAAGCAUACUCGGCCGGAGAAGUCCUCUCAAAGUCAGACUCACAGGAAUGCAAAGUUUACCAAUGCUGUCUGGAAGAGUGGAGCAUAAUGCGUCUUUGGAAGCCUCUCAGAAAAAUGCCGACAUACACCUGCCCACCAAGUUGCGGCGUCUAUAUGGCCCAGCGGGGAAGUUCAUGGACUCCAGUCGCGGAGUUCGCGAUCAUGAGAAGCAAGAAGACAGGGAGCGUCCUCUAGACAAAGCCCAUGAAAUUCUGAAAAUCACUCAGGCGCCACAAGUUAACAUCAGCCGCAGUAAAUCAUACAGGGAGAACGCGUCCCACAGUCCGAGAGAGGAAGAACAGAACCUCGGCCGAGGGAAAGAGGGGCAGGGUGAACUUGGCGCCCCAAAGUUCGAGGACACUUGCAAGGAGCGCAUCUGCGAAGACGUAGAAACGUCCCCAAAGAACGGGGAGAGUUUGCACAUUGAUGGAGAUGUAAAAGAUCGCGAGGACAACGUGUGCCUUUCAGCUGGCAGUGACUCAGAGGAGGGGAUGCUAAAGCGAAAACAGAGGAGAUACAGGACUACGUUUACAAGUUAUCAACUUGAGGAGCUGGAGAGAGCUUUCCAGAAGACGCACUACCCGGAUGUGUUCACAAGGGAGGAGUUAGCGAUGCAGUUGAAUCUCACCGAGGCGCGCGUGCAAGUGUGGUUCCAGAACCGUAGAGCUAAGUGGCGGAAACGAGAGAAAUCUGGGGUUCAGACUCACCCCCAGGGCCACACCAUCUCUGGACCCCUGGGUGCAGCACACCACCUAAGCCACUACCUGGAGGGAAGUCCCUUUUCGCCCCACUCUCACCCCUCCCUGGACUGUGCCUGGACAGCUGCUACCACCUCAUUCCAGGGUCUAACCCACCCCCUCUCCUGCUCUUCCUCCCCCCUGGGAUUUGGCCCCUUCCUAGGAGCAGCCAUGUUUAGACACCCCACCUUUAUUAGCCCCUCCUUUGGAAGACUCUUCUCCAGCAUGGGUCCCCUGACACUCUUACGUCAGCCCAUACCUGCAGUAGAGGCCCCAGUCCAGCCCCCAACAGCCUUGUCAGAGGCCUCCCCCUCCUCGCCUGUAGACCGCCGGGCCUCCAGUAUCGCAGCACUGCGCCUCAAAGCCAAAGAGCACUCAGCUCAGCUGACACAACUCAACAUCCUACCUUCCAGCACCACUGGGAAGGAGGUGUGUUAGGAGACAUUAAACCCCCUCCAAUUCCUUCUACAUGGAGCAGGAGUCAUGACCAAAGGAAUAGCAGCUUUGAAGUGGUAGGCUAUAGCACAACAAGGCCUCAUCUUUCCCAGUUAGUUGUCCCAAUGUUCUGUUACUCCAGACUGUCCACAACAUGCUUUCCUCGUGAACUGAGGAAGAGAGAAGAAAUAAAAAUAGUGAACUCCCUGCCCUUUGACCCUCAGGAAUGACCCAUUAGCAGCCUCGCACAGGGUACUACAGGCCACCAAAGGAACAGCUCUGGGCCCUGGAGAGGUUUAAAAGGAGAGCAAUGCUGUUGAUCAUAUAAGCCCAUUGUAUGUUUAGUGUAUUGAUGAUAUGGUGUUUGUUGAUAGAUAGAUUUUCGCAGUCUUAUUAAAUUACUUGGGUAUUCAAGUUAUUAUUUAUGAUCAAUCAUAUAUGAGCCAGAAGCAAGUUUUCAGGAGGAACA